CACAAUGGAUGUGUAAUGCCCUCAAUGCCAAGUUCAUCGAUCAACCUUCGAUCAUUAAACGUCGCCGAAGAGUCUUCGUCUAAGAAAGCACCCCCGCCAUGUCACUCGGACCAGUGAUGGGAAGGACUACAACGAUACAGACCCUCGCAAUGUCAUUUGGACCACUAAACUGGACUAUAAUCGGACCACUUGUGAUGGAUGGAUUUAACGAAACGCCUGGAAUCCAAACUCACCGACAGCAAGAGUUUCAUCAAGGGGAAAAGGACGAAAGCAAAACUGGUGAAAAGGGAAGCAACAGCGCUUCAAACAAAAGUAAGUGCUGCACAGAGUGCAGCAAAUACUUUAUCCUUAUGAUUCCGGCGAAAAGCCUGCGAAACAGCAUGGAGCAUAUUCGGCUUGUUAAUUUCAUGCAGGAUCUAGAGGAUCCGCAGGAUGCUGUGGAGUGGUUACUGCGGUGGAAGCUGCUAAAACCGAGCCAGGAAUGCCGGCGAUGCGGUGACCCGAUGAAUCUCCGGACGAAUCUUCGGGUAGGGUACUUUACUAUUCUUCCAGCCAAGCAGAUGUCUCAUGUGAAUCGCCCGCAAGGAGGCUGCCGUGCAAAUAAGACGAUGGUGCACCAGCAUCUUUUGUACAUUUCGCAGAUGAGAAGAUUGAGACACACUUAUGGAAAAGUAGGUGAACUCACAACGCAUAGCAACUUAUCACCAAUAGCCAGCGUAAGCAAAGAUAGCCACACCGAGAGCCAAAGGCAGGAACACCAUAUGCGUUAGAACCCACAACACCAAAAAGAGACAGUUUUGUGACACUCCACACAAAAACACCUCACACUAUACCGCACACAUUGUAAACCAAAACACAUAGAAACAUACCGCAGAAAAUAAAACGGCCUAUAGUAUCAAAACCCAAGUUUUGUCCAACACCAAGCAGAAGCUAAACAGUUGGCUUUAAGCAGAAAAAAACAAAAACCACAA